AGUCCACUGGGCACGUGGCCAUUGCUCAAUAAUCAAGUUAAAGCAUCAGUCUGCGCCAUGGACGCCUAGCUACAAAUAGGGCCGUUCGUCGGCGAAAUGAUCACCUUCAACCGGUCACCACCGCUCAUCUAUCAAGCUAGCCACGCCGCCAAAACAAACUAGCUAGUGCUCAGCUCAGCUCAGGCACCACCACACUAGCACCAGAAGCGUGACCAGCUAGCUACAGCUCGCUCUCCCAUGGCCAGCUUCACUGCUCAGCUCAGGGACAAGUUCCUCGGCGUCAUCGACCACAUCACCGGCUGGGCCAGCGGCGUCGCCAAGGAUACGCCGCCAGAGGAGUCCACCAAGUUACAGUCACGCACCGUGCAGCAGCCCGUUGAGGUCCGAUCGAGAGGUGACGAGGAACCCAUUGUGCAAAAGGGGGACGAAGCAGGGGCGAACUGAUACCACCCUUGUCUAGAAAUGUGGCUCUACUACGGCGUGCAUGUUUGCUGAUGCCCUCAACUCUCUUAAUGUUGCAUCCACCGUUUUCAUGUUGUUCUUUUCCUUCUCGUUGUUGUAAGCUGGAGACGUGAGUGCCAUAUCUUAUAUUUUAAUAUAUAAUCAUUUGUAAUGUAUGGAAGCUGCAAUUUGAUCUGCAUUCUUCUAUAA